AUUGUGUUACCUAAAAGAAAUAACUACCCUCAAAUUACGACUGACUGAAAAGUGUAUGGAAAUUAGGUAAAAUAACAAAAAAAAAAACAAAUAACGAAGCGUGCGGCGUUGAAAGUGCGGCGACUGGGAACCCGUCAAGGACGUCACUGAGCUUAUGAAGGAAGAGACGCGCCAGUACCAGGAGCGUCUGCAGAAAAUGGAGGAGAAUCUGAAGAACAGCACCUCGAACGUGCACGCUCUGCGGAAGGUGAACAUCCUCCUAGCCGAGGAGAUGCGGAUCAUGCGGCACGUGAACUCCAUCCUGGACCAGCAGACCCGCAACGACAUGAUACGUGGGCAGUUCAAAGAUGAGAUCAUCAAGCACAUCCGUCGUCAGCUCAAGCAGGCCAAGGCUAUGGCGAGGGAAUCUGCGUUGAACAGCCACGAGGGGUCUAAGACCACGGCGCCCACCAACGAGCCGAACGGUUUGUGCGUGAGCGUGCAGCCGCGCUUCGCCGCGCACGCGCCGUUCUCGGGGGACUCCGACCCUAACCCGCAGGGCCGCUGGGACGCACCCACCACACCCGAAUAAUUAUUCUGCUUUUUAAUGCGUUUACAAUUUAUUUUAUAAGUCCUUAAGACUUGGAGCUUUUAGAUUAGGAUAGGAGUGUAGUUGCAAUUUUAGUUUAUAUACAGCGGAUUGCAUUAUUGUUUUUUGGUGCAUUAAAAGCAUUUGAGUUGG